GUGAAGUCACAGACAUGUGGAUUUUAGUACCCAUCCUGAUAACAAUCUCUGCGUCAUUUUAUUUGUAUUCAAAAUGGAAAUUCUCGUAUUGGCGAAGAAAGGGAUUUGCCUAUAUAGAACCAGAAUUCAUUUUCGGAAACACAAAACAAUUUUUUAGAAACCAAGUUUCGUAUGGUGCACUGUUUGAUGAGUUCUAUAGAAAAUUCAAGUCAAUGGGACUCAAGUACGGCGGAGUAUAUAACUUCUUCAAGCCAAUUCUGAUAGUGACAGAUCUGAAUCUAAUAAAAGACCUCCUACAGAAGGAUUUCGAGUAUUUUCCCAAUCGUGGGUUUUAUGUGGACGAAGAAAAUGACCCGUUGGCCGGAAAUUUGUUCUGUUUGGAAGAUGAAAAAUGGAAGGCACUCAGAGUUAAACUGAAUCCAACUUUUUCAUCAGGGAAAGUGAAAAUGAUGCACCAAAUUAUAUUAGAAUGCACAACAGAUCUACUCGAUAUGCUCCAAACCAAUUCGGCACAAGGAAAUCCUGUUAACGUAAGAGAAGCAAUGAUGUGUUUCACAACUAACGUCAUAGGUUCUGUGGCUUUUGGAAUUAAGUGCAACACCUUCAAGGAUCCAAAUUCGGAGUUCGCCAAGUUCAGCCAGACAAUGAUCAAACUCAAUUUCAGAAAUAUCCUAAAAAUGUUUAUAAUACCUGAGUAUGUUCCAAAAUGGUUUUUGAAAAAAGUUGGUUUUCGUGUGAUACCCAAAUCCUUAGAGAAUUUUUACAAGAACUUGGUCACAAGUACGAUCGACUAUAGAGAAAAGAAUAACAUUCACAGAAAUGACUUUCUGCAUUUCCUACUGCAGUUGAAGAAUUUGGGAAAAGUCACAGAUGAUGGCACUCUCUGCAAGGACCCAAGUGCCAAAUCUCUGUUGACCGUGAAUGAAAUCGUAGCUCAAUGUUACAUUUUUUUUCUAGCGGGGUCAGAAACUUCAGCUACUACUAUUAGUUCUGCACUUUUGGAACUGGCUGUCAAUCACGAUAUCCAGGAGAAGGCCAGACAUGAAAUAAGGGAAGUGUUGAAGAAACACAAUGGAGAAGUGACGUAUGAAGCCUUGGGUGACAUGACCUACUUGGAUCUAAUCAUGAUGGAAACUCUACGUAAACAUUCCCCAGCUGCUAAAUUGCUGAGGAAGUGUGGUAAACCUUAUACAAUACCUGGUAGCAACUGCGUAAUAGAGGCUGGCACUUCAUUGAUCAUUCCUGUAUAUUCCAUACAGAGAGAUCCAGAUAUUUACCCUGACCCAGAACAAUUUGACCCAGAAAGAUUCACUUCAGAAAACAAAUCUAAGAGACAUCCUUGUAGUUUUCUGUCCUUCGGAGAUGAAACUCUACGUAAACAUUCCCCAGCUGCUAAAUUGCUGAGGAAGUGUGGUAAACCUUAUACAAUACCUGGUAGCAACUGCGUAAUAGAGGCUGGCACUUCAUUGAUCAUUCCUGUAUAUUCCAUACAGAGAGAUCCAGAUAUUUACCCUGACCCAGAACAAUUUGACCCAGAAAGAUUCACUUCAGAAAACAAAUCUAAGAGACAUCCUUGUAGUUUUCUGUCCUUCGGAGAUGGACCAAGAUAUUGCAUAGGUAUGAGAAUGGGAAAACUACAAAUAAAAAUUGGUCUGGCUGAAAUCCUCAAGAAUUUCAAAGUAUUUCUCAACGAAAGAACAUCUUAUCCAAUAGAAUACGAGAGCACUCUAGUAAGCUCUGUACCAAAAGGAGGUAUUUGGCUCAAUCUGGAAAAAAUAGAAAAAUACUAGUUUCAGUGAAUUAUGUUGUAAAAGCAAUUGAAAAAAUUUUAAUGUAUAGGGUGGAUCAUCGAUUUUAUCGCAAGAAAACUGUCAAAAGGGUGAACUUCUCGCAAGAAUCCAAAAAACACGUUAAGUAGGACAAGUUUUGACCCUUGAGCGGAGGUGGCAAUCUCCUUUUGUUUCAAUUGGGACUGCGGGUCGGGU